AUGGUAGAGUAGUAUGGAGUAAAGAAUCAUUUUGUUGCUUGUCUGAUAAUUCAACAGGGGGCAUGGCUGCCUGGUUUGGCUUUGUCACUCUAUUUGGUGAAAUACAAAUACAAAAGAGAAGGCAAGGCAGGCUUGAAUGAAUCGCAGUGGAUAGUAAGUAGAGGAGUGAGGCAAUGAGAGGUCAGAAGGGAGGGUUGAAUAGCAGCAGCAGCAGCAGGCGACCCAGCACCGUUCUGUACCUGGUUUGCGCUGCCGCAUUCUUCUCUCUCCUCGUCUUCGCCAUCCAGACCUCUUUCUUCGCUCAAUCUGAUUCCUCUUCCUCUUCAGUUAAGUUAGAUCUCAAUACUGAGCAAGAUAUUCGCACUUUAUCCCAAUUUCAGUCUACUGUGCAGCAAUGCGUGGCAAACAGAGGGCUUGGUCUUACUGCAGAUAUUGUUGACCACUGCAAUCUGAUUCUCAAGUAUCCACAAGGAACUAACAGCACCUGGUACAACGCGCAGUUUAAAGUUUUUGAACCAUUACAGUACAAGUUCAAUGUUUGUGAGGCACUCUUAUUGUGGGAGCAGUACCGUAACAUGACUACAGUAUUGACAAGGGAGUAUCUAGAUGUUCGCCCUAAAGGAUGGGAAGACUACGCACCACAAAGGAUAGCGCAAUUGGGAACCAAAAAUUGCUACAAUAAGACAAUUUGUGAGGAACACCUUAAUUUGAUACUGCCGGCAAAGCCACCUUUCCAUCCUCGCCAAUUCCGUACUUGUGCAGUUGUUGGAAAUUCGGGAGAUCUUUUGAAAACAGAGUUUGGAAAAGAAAUUGAUGCCCAUGAUGCUGUCAUAAGAGACAAUGAGGCUCCUGUUAAUGAGAAAUAUGCCAAGUAUGUUGGCCUCAAGAGGGAUUUUCGCCUUGUUGUGAGGGGUGCUGCUCGUAACAUGGUUGCCAUUCUAAAUGGGUCUGAUGAUGAGGUACUCAUAAUCAAGAGUGUUACACAUAAAGACUUCAAUGCAAUGAUCAAGAGUAUUCCAAAUCCAGUGUAUCUUUUUCAAGGUAUUGUGCUCCGCAGAGGUGCCAAAGGAACUGGAAUGAAAUCCAUAGAACUAGCACUAUCUAUGUGCGACAUUGUUGACAUGUAUGGUUUCACUGUUGAUCCUGGCUAUACUGAAUGGACACGUUACUUCUCUACACCUAGGAAAGGGCACAAUCCACUUCAAGGAAGGGCAUACUACCAGCUCCUAGAGUGCCUUGGUGUCAUCAGAAUUCAUUCUCCAAUGAGAUCUAAGAGGAAGCAAGGCUGGUCAGAUAUACCUAGUCGAGAAAUGAUAGGCAGAGCUCAUGCAGCAGCCUUGCGUUUAAAGAGGGGUCAAGAUGGUGAUUUGGGACAGUUUGGUAGUUGUAAGGUGUCGGGUAAUGUGGACCCUGACAAAAUUGGGCCUGUCUCAGGAUCUGCAGACAUGAGUGAUGUAAGAAAGUCUUCAAAUUACAGUAAGUGGGAAGUCUUGCCCUUUGAGAGUCUGAGGAAGGAAGCGCAGGACCACUAUAAUCAAAUGGAAGGUGUGUCUCUAUACAAAAUGGAUGGCAACAAGUUAGAUGAUCUAGUAUGUGUGAGGCAUUCCUCAAAAUCAGCUGUCUACUGAGCACUAUUUUUAGUUGAUUCUUUUUGGUCUCCUCAGACUCGUUGGUUGAUAGCCAGCCAACCAAACCGUGCAUCCCCAGUUUCCCAGUUCUUGUGGAAUUCUCAGUGAGGUAAUGUUCCUUUGCAGAUUCUUAUUUAUCAUUCUACUGAAUGUGCGAUAAUCAGGGCUGUGGCAUGGGAGGAUUCUCAACUAUCAUACCCAAUGGGGAUAUCACCACUAAUUGCACUGGUUGAACUUCUCGGAAGAGAUUUUUGGAAAUAUACACAUGCUUGUAAUGUACGUUGGAAAAUUAAUGUUUGUAGUUGAUAUACUUUCAGCACAUAUCUGGAACUGAAUUGUAGAUGUUGAAACUUGCAGUUAGAUUUCAUUGAUGCUUGUGGUUUUU